AUGGUCCAAGUUAAAUUCAUCCACGGUGUGCUAUUCUUAGCAGUGGUGGUCAAGAGAUCGCUACAACAGAACCCAGAUGCUCUCACAGGCGCGAAUAGUGGCAAUAGUACGAGCUCAGUGUCGAGCUCGUCUAGGGAUCGCAGUAGUGUGACGAGCUCAUCAAGAACCAGCUCCUUGUCAUCCAGCGUUUCAGAUUCAUCUCUAUCGUCGGGGACGACGAUCAUAGUCUCAUCGUCGCUGGCCUCCUCAGUGUCAUCCAGCCUUGCAUCCAGUUCGAUUUUAAGUACUUCUCGUACGUCCAGUUCCAGUUCCUCUUCGCGCUCCUCCACCAGUGCAGCCCAGACGUCUUUCACCUCCAUAUCUUCAAGCUCAGGUUCUAGCCCCUCCAGAAGCAGCGCAAGCUCAGGUUCUAGUUCAAGCAGUAGAUCUUCGAGAUCUAGUGCGUCCAGUUCUAACCAGAGCUCAAGUGGCAGCCAAAGUCAGAGCAGCAGCCAGAGUGAUAGCUCAAGCUCUGCUAGCAGCACCACUUCCGACUCGAGCUCCGCGUCAACCUCAGCUUCAACCUCAUCUUCAGACUCUAGUUCAUCCAGUGCGUCCCUUGCUUCGUCAACUCAGUUUUCAUCUUCAACGCCGUCUUCCAGUUCACAGUCACCCUCAACAACGGAAGCUCCAACUUCCAGUCAAGAUCAACAGGCGGCUUCAGACUCUAGCACGAUAACGAGGACGGUGAGUGGCAAGACCAUUUUGUCAAACCACUACACAACAAUAACCCAGUCUGCCGCUGCUACUGCGCAGAGCUCUUCAGACAAGUCAGGCAGUGGCGGCUCUAAACUCUCAAAGAAAAACCGCAACAUCGUCAUAGGAUGUGUGGUUGGCAUUGGUGUGCCCUUACUACUCGCUGUUCUUGCCUUUUUCUACUUUUACUGCAUGAAAACUAAGAAAACGAACUUUAUUGACUCUGAAGGGCAUGUUGUGACUGCGUACAGACAAAACAAACUUACAAGGUGGUGGCGCUCUGCCAUGGGUAAAGAGGUCAGCAGUGAAUACGAAGGUGACACUCCAAUUGGGGGGACUUCAGACCUCGGGGACGAGGCUGGCGGUCACCGUAGUAACGGUGUUAGUAGAAAUCCCACCGAUGGCAGGGGAUCACACUCCAACGAGCUGAUGUUGGAUGAAGAGAAAUAUUAUGAUGAAAAUGGCAACGAGUUGAAUGCAAGGAACUACUAG